AUGAAGCCCUCUAUUCUUUUCCAUCUUUCGGUAUUUCUUUGUGGAUUUUCCAGCUGCCGUAUCUGGAACAUUCAUCAGGACCAGGAAAACCAAAAAAGGGAGCUCAGUAAUUCGAGGUCUACACAAAGUAUCAAAGACCAGAAUAGUGAGACAGCGUUUGGCUAUCAGGCCGCUCAGGACAAGGCUUUGCCCAAGCCAGGGCUCUCCUUAAAAAAUGUUACCCGAUCUCUAAGAUUCAAGAGGGCGGGAGGGGACUCCGAUGUCAUAAUGAUAGAUGACGACGGUAUCGAUCUAGACAUUUUACUGAACUUAAACCCUCAGGAGAAAGAACUCGUCAGGAAGUCGUACAAGAUCGGUGCUGACCUUCUGAGUAAGGAAGAAGAAGGUUUAAAAAACCCUGUUCACAAAGACCCCGACUUAGACUGGCACAAACUUGAUAAAUCUGUGGUCAUAAGGAGAAACAUUCGUGGCCUCCCGCAGAGUGUUGUCAAGGUAUUUAAGGACCUGGGGCAAGAAUUUCUGGCUGAGGACGUUGGGACCUAUACUGCUGUGUUUAGAUCCAUCCUCAAAGAUGAUGGUACAGCAGACUAUGAUUCUACGGUUCUCCGGACAUAUAUAUCUAGAGAAUACGGCCAUAUGUUUUUCCCUUGGCCUGGGGAAUUACCAGCCGGUGCUCAAUAUCAUGACUGGAUCUAUCAAUGUUGGGCUAGAGGAUCGCACGAUCUAACCGACGGCCUCCACAGUGACAUUCCGCAUCCUUUAAAGUAUAUUACGAUAGGGGGUAUUACGGAGGAAGAGACCUUGGCUAUUCUUCAGGCCGUUGGACGAGAGUGGAGAGGGAGAGAUCUCUCUCAGGAUCAGUCAGUUAUAUUUAUCACAAGGGAGGAUAUAGAUCUCAGCCUUGCAAAGAAUUCUCCAACCAGUGUCUCCUACUUCAUUUUCGCUUUAUUCAAUAUCCUUUCAGGAACCAAUGAGAUCUCUCCCAUAAUUAAAAUGCUUUCAACUUUUCCAAACGAAUUUUAUUGGCACCGGAUAUCAGCAAUAGGGUUUAACGUGGAAGACGAUGGGACAGCCAACUUAUUACUUAAACUUGAACCUUCUGGAGGAAGUCAAUAUGCUGAAGUCGAACCAACAAAAUAUCGUGUCGAACUUCAGCCUCUUGGGUUAGCCCUUCAAAUAGGGGGAUCUUCUAGCCUGAUCAAACAUCCCGCUCAACCGGAUAUCCAAAGAACAUCGUAUGGAUUGCGUGAUGAAAAGAGUAACGACCCGGGAUCAACAUUUUUUCGAUCUGCAGUGCAAUACGAGGAUGUUGGCUAUCGCUUUGCGAUGUCAGGACGGGAAAAACACAUUGUCUUCGAAGGGUUUCUUACGGGCGCCGCCGCCGCCCCAGUGCUCCAAGAUUACGUUGAGAGGGAGGUAGAUAAAGAAAUGCAUCAUGUUCUCUACUCUGCCUGGUCGGGCACGGCCGGCCAGGCUUCCCUGCUUGAGAUUACAUUUGCAUCCAUACACCCGCAAAGCCGGAAUAAAAUUAAAGAAAUCAAGGACAAGCAGAGGCCGGCCAGUAUAACAGCAAAUGAAUGGGACCAUAGGGUAGCCGUUUUUGAGGAUCUACAACGAGACUUCAUUGAGGUUCUCCAAAUUUUUUUCGAAACACGCGAGGGAAGAGUACUGGAUAACCUUAUCCGGAAGUACGGCGACAAUCUCGCGAUUUCAAAGAUAUCAAGGUUGGAAGUGGGGAUUUAUACAGCCCCUGGGUUCAAAAAGCGAAAGGGAAAGCCUUUUAUUUUAGUUGGCUUCAGAAGGCUGCUCAAAGCGGACCUCCAGAAGGGCCUACCCGUUGAGCUAAGUGGUAAUGAAGAUGACCCGGUCGACCCGAGCACACAGAGUUGGAAAAGUGAUAUCCCAAAAUGGCUCUUUAUAUCAGAUUCACCAGAGUCAACCCAAGAGCUUUCUAUUCAAACAAUUCAGCUAGGGGUCUAUGCGAACUCAGUUGCUGAAAUAGAGGCACGAUUUCUAGGAAUGCAACCUUUUUCAUGGACUUAUAGUUCGGAAUCACUGGCGUUACUAGUGUCCCGGUAUAUAUUUGAACAUCGGAAAGAUGUCUCAUUGCCGGAAUCUGUGAAAAACCAAUGCGCCUACCUAUAUAACGCUCAGGAGCUUGAUGCUACUAUGCGACGUGACAACCCCAAGGAAGCCCGGUACCGGUACCUCCAUGACUUUUUCGGCAAAAAGACACAGGCCCAGCUUCGCUAUCUAGCGGAAAGGAACAGACAGAGCUCUUAUGAUCAGGUAACAGUUCGAAGCAGCCCCGCAGUUGGCGGAAAUCCAAAUAGGGAUGAUAUGGCAAGCUAUGGUUUGGUUAUAAACUUAGAUUUAGGCUUUGUUAUAAUCACUUUACAGCCUAAAACUAUAGAUGGCCAUGUUAUGGAGCUUGAAAAUGCCGUUUAUGCCGCGUGGCAUUCCCUGUACACGACUAGUGAUUAUGACUACAGAAGCCCACGUGACAAGGAAUUCGGCUCUACCGUCAGCUGGUUGGAUUUACAAAAUGCCUGUUCUCAUGGUCCUCGAUACUUUUUCAUUCAAGAUAUAAGCUAUCCCACACGACUCAUCAUUGAAGAGAUAUAUAAGAGGAGAUCUAUGAAAAAAUCAGAAGUUCUCAUCUUUUCCGAGCCGGGUAUCCUAGGUCUCAUUGGUUCCCCACUUUCAGCUUAUAGACGACUGGGAAAGCAUUCGAAUACCAAAAGUGAUUUAAGAUAUAUGCAAGAUCUUUUCGCAAUUCUUGGUUCUCCGGAUCUCAUAGGGAUAUCGAGGCUCGCCACAAGGUACUUUGGAACGAAGCAUAUGUUCUGUAGGACUGCUGUAAAGCAUAUCGUCGUAAAAUGGUCAAGCACUCCGGAUUUUGAGGAGCCCCGACCUGAAUUGUUUGUAUCACUACGAGAGCUGACGCAUUCCGGAGCUCUUGAGAAUGCGCAAGCUACAUGGGAAAGUAAAGGAGUAGAUAUCAGAAAACUAAUAGAGCCAGCUAUACUAGGAAGAACCACGAGCGUCCUAGAGACACUAUAUAUACAGGCUCCUAAAAACGCAGACUCGGGCUUUGAAGGAAACUUAUGGGAUGUUUUGGAGCUAGAUCCAAUUGCUCACUGCCCAAAACGUUCAAUUCAAUUAUUUGACUCAGGUCUUCGCGAAUUCAGUUCGGCACUGGGUCUAGGGCUCGAUAGAACAGUCCAGGAACCCCAUAUCCAAUUAAACGUGAAAAGUCGAAUUAAAGAUAUCGAUUAUCUCUUCCUGAUUUAUCAAAAGGGCAGCAAGAAGGGCAGUUCUAGGCUUAUUACUGGUUCAGCCGGCUAUGGACACCUUAUUGGGCAGGCUUUUCCAAUAGCCACUAGUCUACAGAAUCAACCCGUUGAAGAGUUCAGCGAAGUGUAUCUGCGGGCGUGGGGGGCAGGCUUGCAAAAGUUUUCCCUUGGAAAAAAUCUAUUACCUUCCUUAGUAACAUUUUUAGGACUUACUCCCGAAACCCAAUCUAUCAUUAAGGUGCUCUGGAGCGCCCUUGUACCCACACAGGAGACAAGUGACGAAAAUUUGGACCUUAAAAUUGGAGUUACAAAUGGCCGUAGAUAUGAUAUAUUUUCCGGCGGAAAAAACACUGAGUCACACAGGUUUUGGCAAAAUAGGUCAGGGUAUCUUCACAGGUUGGCUUUCGAGGUGUUGAUGGGCUUGCCAGAGAUACUAGGGCUUUCCCACUCACUCAGGGGGUAUGACGGCAACACAGGUCGAGAUCAGCGCAGAAUUCAAAUAGUCUAUUGCGAAUCUUCUACAGACGAUAGUGGUGGCAUACAGUGCAUAUUGAAAAUUGCCAGGACACGCCCACCAACACAGGAUAGUGACGCUCAUAUCGAUGAGGGGGAUGAUGAAGACGAUGAGAGUGAUGCCUCUGAAGUGUGA